AUGUCCGCAGGGGGAGAUUUUGGGAACCCGCUGAGAAAAUUCAAGUUGGUGUUCCUGGGGGAGCAGAGCGUCGGGAAGACGUCUCUGAUCACGAGAUUCAUGUACGACAGCUUCGACAACACGUACCAGGCAACCAUUGGCAUUGACUUCUUGUCAAAAACCAUGUACUUGGAGGAUCGUACGGUGCGACUGCAACUCUGGGACACAGCGGGCCAGGAGAGGUUCCGCAGCCUGAUCCCCAGCUACAUCCGGGACUCCACGGUGGCCGUCGUGGUGUACGACAUCACUAACCUCAACUCCUUCCAGCAGACCUCUAAGUGGAUUGAUGACGUCAGGACGGAGCGGGGCAGCGACGUUAUCAUCAUGCUGGUGGGCAACAAGACGGACCUGGCUGACAAGAGGCAGAUAACCAUUGAGGAGGGGGAGCAGCGCGCCAAAGAGCUGAGCGUCAUGUUCAUCGAGACCAGUGCGAAGACCGGCUACAACGUGAAGCAGCUCUUUCGACGUGUGGCGUCGGCUCUGCCUGGGAUGGAGAAUGUUCAGGAGAAAAGUAAAGAAGGGAUGAUCGACAUCAAGCUGGACAAGCCCCAGGAGCCCCCGGCCAGCGAAGGCGGCUGCUCCUGCUAA